AUGAGGCUCCUUCAACUUGCUCUCUUUGUGGCGUCUGCCGUUGGCGUCGUGGCAGAGUCUAAAGGUGAGGCCACGACAUUUGGCGGCGUCUCCGUCCCUGUCCUACCUGAGUUUUCACCGGCGACAUGGGAUACCGAGGUCAACAAGACCAAGUUCACCGUGGUCAAGCAUUACAGAGACUCCAGUCCCUACUGCCACCACUGCAUAGCAUUUGCGCCCGUAUUCCAAACCGCUUACGAGUUCUAUCAUACCAUGAAAUCUGGGCCCAACAGCGACCAAGCCGCCACCGUUGCAGAAGAACAUGGCCUGCAGUUCGCUUCGAUGAACUGCGUUGCUCACAGUGACUUCUGCUCCGAACACGAGGUUAACGCAUGGCCUCAGACUACACUCUUCAAGAAUGGACAGAAAGUAAAGUCUCUUACUGGCCAGCGUUCCAUCGCCGAGAUGAGCGAAAUGAUUGAGAAGGCUCUCGAGGAGGAGAAGCCCGGCUCUCGCCCCAAGGAUAUUGCGCUACCCGAGUCAGGCGCAACGGAAGCCCCCAAGCCUGUGAAGAAGCCAGCCGCUGUUGCGAAACCCCCGAAGAAGAUACCCGAAAAAUACAACCUCGAUGGUGUCUCUGUCUCCCUGACGGCCGAGUCGUUCCAGAAGCACGUUACUCUCUCACACGAUCCCUGGUUUAUCAAGUUUUACGCGCCUUGGUGCUCUCACUGUCAGGCCCUGAAACCAACGUGGGAGCAGCUCGCCAAAUCUAUGCGCGGGAAGCUUAACAUUGGUGAAGUCAACUGCGAUCAGGAAAAGCGCCUGUGCAAGGAUGUCCACGCCAAAGCCUUCCCUACUCUUCUCUUUUUCAAGGGAGGCGAGAGAGUCGAAUACCGCGGCCUUCGCGGCAUCGGCGAUUUCACCAAGUACGCCGACAGCGCCAUUGAUCUCGCCAGCGGUGUUCCCGACAUUGACGCCGAGGGCUUUGCGGAGCUUGAGAAGACCGCAGAGGUCAUCUUCGUCUACUUCUACGACCAUGCUGCCACCUCGGAGGACUUUGCCGCGCUUGAGAGAAUUCCUCUGAGCCUCAUUGGUCAUGCCAAACUGGUCAAGACGAACGACCCUGAGCUCUUCAAACGCUUCAAGAUCACAACCUGGCCGAGACUGAUCGUCUCUCGCGAGGGACGCCCGACCUACUACACCCCCUUCACGCCCAACGAGAUGCGCGAUGUUCGCCGUAUUCUUGACUGGAUGAAAUCGGUCUGGCUUCCUCUGGUCCCCGAGCUGACAGCCACCAACGCCCGCCAAAUUAUGGAAAACAAGCUCGUCGUGCUCGGAAUUCUGGAGCGCAAGGAUGGCGACCAGGAGACAAUUCAGGGCUCGCUCCGCGAGAUGAAGAGCGCUGCCAACGAGUGGAUGGACCGCCAGAUUCAGGAAUUCCAGCUCGAACGCAAGAAACUCCGAGACGCCAAGCAAAUGCGCAUCGAAGAAGCCGAAGACCGCAAUGACGAGCGCGCCCUGCGCGGCGCCAAGUCGAUCCGCAUCAACAUGGACAAUUCGAACCGCAAGGAAGUUGCCUUUGCUUGGGUUGAUGGCAUCUUUUGGCAGCGCUGGCUGCGCACCACGUACGGCAUCGACAUUAAGGACAAGGACGGCGAGCGUAUUAUCAUUAACGACGAGGCCCGCCGCAAGUACUGGGACACGACGGUCACGGGCAACCAUAUCCUAGUCAGCCGCACCUCCAUUAUGGAGACGCUCGACAAGAUUGUGUACGGGCCCCAGGUUAUCAAGCCCAAGCUGACCGUAUCCUUUAUCGAGAAGAUCUUCUUCGACAUUCGUGUCACCUUCCGCGACCACCCUAUCCUCUCCCUCCUGAGCGUCUGUGGCAUCGCCUACGGCGCCUUUUCGUGGUUCCGCGCCCGCAAGGGCCGUCGCGCCGGCGGUAGCGGUGGCCACUUUCGCCUGGAUGACUCUAUGAGCGGCAGUGGCGGCAUGCGCGAGUUUAAAGACGGCCUCCUCGGCGGCGGCGUCGGCGCCAAUGCAAAGGCCGACUAA